AUGAAAGUCUUUCUCACCGGCGCAUCAGGCCGUCUUGGCUCUCACAUCAUUCCCCAUCUCCUCGCUAGAGGCCACACAGUCACUGGUCUCGUCCGAUCCGACGCGUCCGCCAGUGUCAUUAAAGCCUUAGGCACAUCAAGCGAAGUUAUCCCGCUCAUCGGCUCCUUGGACGAUACCGACCUCCUGACCUCUAAUGCAAAGUCCCACGAUGCUGUGAUACAUUGCGCAAUGGAUCACAAGAACCCUGCGACCGGACCAGUACAAGAGCGAGCUACACUUAAGCUGUUCGCCGAAGCUCUUGAAGGAUCCGGUAAACCACUUCUCAUGAGUUCAGGUACUGGCCUUCUCCCGAAAGGAUCUGACGAGACCGCUCGCUCGACCCCUGGGAAGAUGCUCAGAGCAGAGACUGAAGCUUUUGUAUUGGACCUCAAAGAGAAAAAUAUCCGAUCAAUUGUUGUUCGACUCGCUAUGAACACUCAUGACAUAUCCCAUAUUCAUAUCUUUGAGGGUAUGCUUAUCGGUGCUGCUUCUGAAGCCAAGCUUGGCUAUAUUCCUUAUGUUGGAGAUGCCGUCUGGUCAGCUUGUCAUGCUGAUGACGCAGGUCUCCUUUACGUUCUUGCAAUGGAGAAAGCCGAGCCUGGGACAGCGGUCCAUGCAGUCGAGGAGUUUGUCAAAGUGAAAGACAUCGCUGAGGCUCUUUCAAGGCGUACGGGCUUGAAGGCUGGAGAAGCAUCGAAAGACAAGGACAAAUUCGGAACUCUGGGAUGGCUGGGUAUGUUAUUGGGUUGGGAUAACGAGGUCAAGAACCAGUGGACGAAGAAGACUUUUGACUGGCAACCAAAGGGACAAAGUCUAUUAGAAGAAUUCGCGGCAGCGCCGGACAGCUACUUCAGGUAG